UGUUAUUUCAUAUUUGGCGAUUCCUUGGUUGAUAGUGGCAAUAAUAAUGGACUGUCUACAAGUGCAAGAGUCAAGUAUCCACCUUACGGGAUUGAUUUUCCUGCUGGCCCCACAGGAAGGUUCACUAAUGGAAAAACCGUCGCAGAUAUAAUCACCGAGCUUUUGGGUUUGAAAGAUUAUAUUCAACCAUUUGCCACAGUUACAGAAUCAGAAAUAAUCAAUGGUGUGAAUUAUGCAUCUGGCUCCUCAGGAAUUCGUGAUGAGGCUGGACGUAAUUUGGGUACUCAUGUUGGCUUCAAUCAGCAAUUAAACAACCACAAGAUUACAAUAUCAAGCUUGACUAAAACUCUAAAAGAUUCAACUGCAGCUCACCUUAAUAAAUGCCUAUAUACUGUUGGAAUGGGCAGCAAUGAUUAUAUAAACGACUACUUUCUGCCUCGCUCCGCAACAAGCACUCAGUAUACUCCUGAUCAGUUUGCAGGUGUUCUUAUCGAUCAAUAUUCUAAGCAAAUCAGGACGUUGCACGAUGCUGGUGCAAGAAAGAUUGCCUUGUUUGGUUUAGGAGCAAUUAGCUGCACUCCAAAUUCAAUUGUUUUAUUUGGCAAGAAUGGUACAUGUGCAGAGAGAAUUACUGGUGCAGUUCAGCUUUUUAAUGUCAGGCUAAAAUCUCUUGUUGAUCAACUCAAUAAAGAAUUAACCGAUUCGAAAGUUAUUUAUAUCAAUUCUACUGGAACGUUAGGAAGAUAUCCUAAUAAGCUUGGUUUCAAGGUCUUCAAAUCUAGCUGCUGUCGAGUUAACAAUGUUGGUCUCUGUAAUCCAAGCUCAACUGCAUGUCCUAAUAGAAACGAGUUCAUAUUCUGGGAUGGUUUCCAUCCUACAGAGGCUAUGAAUAAACUAACAGCAGCAAGGGCGUUCCAUGCUGCUGACCCUUCUGAUGCUUAUCCGUUUGUCUGUGACACUAUAGCCAUCACAACAGCAUCAAAGAGAUUCUCUUCUUUAUCCCUUCUCUCAAUUUUAUGA